CGAGAGAGGCCAACACCGACGAUCGCGACGCGGAUCAUGUAUAUAUAGAGGGCGCGUUGGCGACGAUACCAUCUACAUCAACAGCUCACUCUCACUCACCACCCAACCACUACAACAUCAUUUUCCGUUCUCACUAGACACUUCUAAUAAGCCGUCGCUUCUUCCACUCUUUGAGAUAUUAAUAUCUUCCUUCAACCAUCAAAAUGAAGUUCCUCGUCUUUACUACCCUUGCCGCCUCGGCCAUUGCCUACCCCAUCACCGGCAGCGUCGUCAACUGCCGCUCUGGCCCGGGCACCAACUACGCCGUCAAGAAGUCGUAUAACAAGGGCGCCGAUGUCAAGAUCAGCUGCCAGACCACCGGCACCUCGGUCAACGGCAACAGCAUCUGGGAUAAGACCCAGGAUGGCUGCUACGUCGCCGACUACUACGUCAAGACUGGCACCAACGGCUAUGUCACCAAGAAGUGCGGCGGUGGCUCGACCUGCAAGGCGCCCAAGUCCAACUCGGCCACUGUCGACCUGAUCGGCAAGUCUGAGGGCUUCAGCUCCAAAGUUUACAACGACCCUGCGGGCUACCCCACCGUCGGCUACGGCCAUCUCUGCACCAAGGCCAAGUGCGCCGAGAUCAAGUACAAGAUCCCGCUGUCGGUCUCCGACGGCAAGAAGCUGCUGGCCGAUGACAUGAAGAAAUUCGAAAAGUGCAUCACGGCCAUGCUCACCAGCAAGGCGGUCCUCAACCUGAACCAGUACGGCGCGCUGGUCAGCUGGUCCUUCAACGUCGGCUGCGGCGCCGCGCAGGGCUCCUCGCUCAUCAAGCGCCUCAACAAGGGCGAGAACGUCAACAAGGUGCUCAGCAACGAGCUCCCCAAGUGGGUCCACGCCGGCGGCAAGAAGCUGCCCGGCCUCGUCACCCGCCGCAACCGCGAGAUUGCCUUGGCUAAGAAGUCCGGCUCUGGCAAGGCCCUGCCUGUCAAGUGCUAAGCGCGCUUUGACUGAGUGGUGGUGGUGGUAAUGUGAUGAUGGGUGGGUGGUUUGGGUGUGGGCGCUGGAGGGGUUCUGCUAAGGGGUGGAUGGUUGAAUGAACGGGGAGGGGAUUAUGGAUAGAU